AUGGAUGUAGACAUCAACGCGGCGUCCUCCCGAGGCACCCCAACUCCGAGUCGGUUCGCGCGCCAGGCGAGCGGCGCGCAGGACCGGGAGUCCGAGGAGGAGCCGCGGAUGGCUCCUCCGUGGUCGGAGGAGGUGCUGCAGGAGAGCGGCGCGGACUGGUGGGCGGAGGUGAUGUCGGAGGGCAACGUGGAGGACGACUACGACCUGGGGCGCGUGAUCGGGCGCGGGGCGUACAGCACGGUGCUGGAGGGCGUGUGCCGGCGGACGAAGGAGCGGUUCGCGGUCAAGACGGUGAAGCUGAAGCCGCGGAAGAAGCACAUCGGCAACGCCGCGAAGACGGAGCGGGACCUGCGCAAGCAGCGGCGCAAGGUGCUCUCCGAGGUGUACCUCACGGGCACGUCCAACCAGCCCAACAUCAUCAAGCUGCAGGCGUUCUACAUGAAGGAAACCGAGAUCGUGAUGGUCCUGGAGCUGAUGCGCGGGGGCUCGAUCUUCGACGGGGUGCUGGAGCACGGCGGGAUGGGGGAGGACGACGCGCGCACCGUGAUGCGGCAGCUGCUGGGGGCCCUGGCCCACUUCCACUCGCGCAACAUCCUGCACCGAGACAUCAAGCCCGAGAACAUGCUGUUGAAGUGGCCGGGCGACCUCGGCUCGCUGCGGAUUGCCGACCUCGGGUUCGCGAUCCAGCUCGCUGGUGGGCCGGCGUCGCGCAUGACGAUGGCGGGCACACCGGCGUACCUCGCACCGGAGUUGAUCAUCGCCAUGCAGGACGGGAUGGAGCUGGAGGACGCGCUGACGCCGGCGAUCGACGUGUGGGCGGCGGGUGCGGCGAUGUUCAUCAUCCUCGGCGGGUACCCGCCGUUCGAGGGCACCACCACGCGCGAGCUGUUCCGCAGCAUCCUCGACGACGAUCUGUCGUUCGACCAGCCGUGCUGGGAGGACGUCAGCGAGGACGCGCGCGAUCUGAUUCGCAAGCUCCUGACCAAGGACCCCGAACAGCGGAUCACCGCGCCCCAGGCGCUGGAGCACAAGUGGAUGCGGCCGACGCAGGCGCCCCCGCAUAUGCGGCAGACGUCCACGCGGACCCGCAACUGGGGCUCGCGCCUCAUCCCGCUGGAGGGCAACAAGGACCCCACGUCCGCCUACAUCCGGCCCUCGUACUUCCUGAAGCUGCAGGAGCAACUGCGCGGGGCCGCGGGCAAAGCCCUCGACGCCUCGCUGCGGGAAAUCUUCGAGGAGAACAAGAAGCGCGGGACGAGGGACUCCACGUGGAGCAGGUCGCGGCUGGUCUCGGAGCACGUGGGGGACGGUGGCGACUUCACGGCCAUGACCGCACCGACUGCCAGGCACGCCGUGCCGCCCUCCAUCUGA